UUCGAUCCAACGUUCAUGGCUACCAGACAAGGCGGCAAGGCAAAGCCUCUCAAGGCUCCAAAGAAGGACAAGAAAGAGCUUGAUGAGGAUGAUCUGGCCUUCAAGGAGAGGAAGAAGCAAGAGGAGGCUGCUUUGAAGGCUGCUAAGGAUAAAGCUGCUAAGGGUAAGCUUGUCGGCAAUGGUUUGCUGCCGAUGACACUCACACUUACCACCGUCUCUGAGCAGGAGGCGCACCUGGUGGAGGUAUCAAGAAGUCUGGCAAGAAGUGAUACACGCCAGCCACGGAUUCCCAUUUCUAGCAAUGUUUACCCUCCAUGCGUCUCGCAGAGCCUCCCUUCCUC